GCUUAACAGUCGCUGCGCUCCACUUUUCUACGCAAAAUUCUCCUGUCGCGCUUUCAUCUUGUUUUAAUUUUUGAACCAAUAUUUACUUGCUUCAAAGUUAAUCUUUGUUUGUUUUUUCCUUCUUCUCUCUUCCCCAAUCUGCUACGCUUCGGGCUGAAACCUGUCAAGUACGGCGUCAGUUUGAUGUUUCUGGCCCCCUUUCUCUCUGUCUUCGAGUCUGCCUUGAUUCUUUCUGGCCGCGGGUGACCUUGUCUUGGAAUGAAUUUGUUGCUGCUGAUCAUGCAGUGCUAGUGACGGGCGCCGCGCUUCGUGACGCUUAUGCGGAAUUACUCUACUAAAUCGAGUGUAGUAGGCGUAGAAGGAGCUAAGUUACUGUAGAUGCGGAUCGUGUUUUUAGUCGCUCUUCUCGUUGGUUCUCUGCUACAAAGUUGAAGCUUGGUCGCACGGCGUACUUUGUUUUCAGGGCAUUUUGGUGCCGAGUAAGGGCAGAUAAAUGACAGGAUAGGGUUGGAUCAGGAAGGAAACGGAGAAUCCAAAUCUAGGGUUUGGAAAUUUGAUCUUUUUCAUCCCAGUCGUGACGCGUUCCAGGAACUGGUUCGGUUUCUGACUGAAUUUGAGAUACAUUCGACGAGCAACUGGUUGCCGAUAUUGCCUCACACCUGCGGCAGCGAAGGUUGAUCGUGCUGAACGGAGGAGAAAAGGCUUUUUUGGAGUUUUAUUUCUGAAGAGAAUCCUUCAUUGAGAGCAAUGGCGGACUGGCAGUGGCAGGAAGCUCUGCAGUCUAUUAUCAUCGGUAUUGUUUUUGCUUACAUGUGUGGCAGACUCUUCACGCUUAUAUCAUCCAUCCGUGAUCAGAAAUUUCGACUUGAGCGGGGUGGCCAGGACACUGCGACUCCUCUCCUUUCGACGACCUUUGACGAACAGGAAUAUGCUCCUGCAGCCGAGCUUAAUGUUCCUUACGCUCCUAUUGAGGAGGAAUUGGAUGCUGACGAUGGAGGGGACGAACAAGAGGUUCAAGGCUAUGAUUCUUCCUCUUCAUCUGACUAUGAGGACCAUCGUUCUCGAGAUAUUCAUGUCACUGAUGCUGCAGGGCAAUCAAAGGUCGCAUUUGAGAAUGAUGAGAACAAACCUAAGGAUACUAUUGAUGUCAAAGCGCCAGAUUUGAAAUCGGAUGAUAGGGUUGCUGUUUCCAGCAGUGACCCUUUGACAGUGAGUGAGGAGCGUGAAGAUGCGGCAAAAGAAUCCGAGGAAGGGAAUGAAACAGACGAUUGGGAAGGUGUGGAAAGUACUGAGCUUGAGGAGCUCUUUGGAGCUGCUUCUACGUAUGUCGCAUCUUUGGUCAGUAUCCCAGGUGUCAAGCCGUCAAGUGAAGCGAUGCUGCAAUUAUACGCACAUUACAAAAUAGCUACGGAAGGGCCUUGUUCUACCUCUCAGCCAUCAGCUUUUCAACCUUCUGCCCGCGCCAAAUGGAAUGCAUGGCAGAAGCUUGGAAACAUGCCUCAAGAGGAAGCUAUGCAAAAAUAUGUCGGUAUUUUGACUGCGAUUGAUCCCACUUGGCAUCAGGGCCAACGAAAGAAUAAAGAUCCACUUGUGGAAUCCACAGAGGAGCUCGGAAGAAACUCUUCCCAAGCUAGCAAUAAGAAGAUGGGACCCGGCCCAGUUUUCAGCUCUCUAGUCGGGAAUGAGGAUGGUGGAGAAGAGGCAAGCACCAUGGAUCCACUGCAUGCAUAUGCUAGGGAUGGGGAUAUAGAAAGUAUUGCCAAACUUCUCGAUCAGGGCAGUAACAUUAAUGUGAAGGACAGUGAUGGUCGUACGCCUUUAAUUUGGGCUGUAGAUCGUGGUAAUUUGCGUGCUGUGGAAAUUCUUGUAGCAAAGGGUGCGGAAAUUUAUGCAAAGGAUUUAGAGGGACAGACAGCAUUACAUUACGCAACAGUAUGCGAGCUGGAAGAAGUUGCUAAGUACCUGUUCGAGCAUGGAGCUGAUAUGAAUUUGCCUGACAAUGAAGGGAACACGCCACUUAGUCAGUGUCCUGGACAUUGGCAGUGGGUGCAGCGUGCUGCAGGCUAGUGUUGGACGUCAUUUUGACCCCAAUUCUAUUCGAUCUUUGAAUCAUCUUUGUUGAAGAGCGUCUAUGUACAGAACAUAAAACCCACACUGCUCUUGCGACUGUCUGCUGGUGCAGGGUAGCAGCCAGUUCUUGCAGGUUCUGCUGCUACUUCUGGGCAUGAAUGACAUGUUGAGCGUUUCUCUCAUAAUUGAUAUAACUUGCAGUUAAUCUUUUGUCUACA